AUCCAGGAGCCGGAGAGGGUUUGCUGGAUCGUGGACUUAUCCAGCCGGUGGUGCCACCAUGACGAAACUCCUGCGAUGGCUGUUGACUCUCGCCCUCCUAAGCACCACCUGGGCAACUCUCGCUCUGGACCUUUUGGGGCUGGAUUUGCUGCCCCCAACCUGGUACCAGGUCCUCUGGCCGCUCCCCAUCUACCUGCUCGUGACCUUUGGCUGCUAUGCCCUGGGGAUCAUUGGGUAUCGCCUGGCCACCUUCAACGACUGUGAAGAGGCAUCACAGGAGCUCCAAGCCCAGAUCCGAGAGGCCCGGGAUGACCUCACUCGGCAUGGACUGAAGUUCUGAACUGGCCUGCUGCGGGACUGGGCACCACGGCCCAGCCAGAAAGACAUGCCAUCCGGACCAAUAAAAAGGCCCAAAGAAUAGGAGACUUGACCUUGCAGCUGGCUUCCCCCCAUCCAGUUCAUUUGUAUGCUGCUUCUUUGGAAGGACUUCUGCCCCGAACAGCGACCAAGAAAUAUUUUUUAAAAAUAAAAGGUUAAAUAAAUAAGCCAUCCUCAGGUCAGAGGCUGGUGGUGCUCUCUCUGA